CGUUCAUUGGACUGUGUCGCUGAAAAACAUCAGACCUUUGCAGACUAAUGCUCAGAAGACCCCAGAGACCACUAAGACAGGUUCUUGGUAUCUCCUAGCAGCAAAACCAACUUGCACAAGAAGUUUACAAUGUCAAGCAACGUUUCACAGUGCCACAUCAGCAAAGAAAUGGAACCUUUUACCUAUUUUUACUACUUAAUUUUUCUUAUGGGAUUUAUUGGAAGCUGUUUCGCACUAUGGGCAUUCACACAAAAAGAUCAGAAACAGAAAUGUGUGAGCAUCUACUUAAUUAACCUCUUAACAGCGGAUUUUUUGUUGACUUUGGCAUUGCCAGUAAAGAUUAUUGUUGACCUAGGAGUUGCAUCCUGGAAACUGAGAAUAUUCCACUGUCAAGUCACAGCCUGUUUCAUCUACCUGAACAUGUACUUAUCCAUUAUAUUUUUAGGAUUUGUAAGCAUGGAUCGUUGCCUUCAGCUAACACACAGUUCUAAGAUCUACCGCAUUCAAGGGCCUGGAUUUGCCAAGUUGUUGUCUGCAGUCGUAUGGACAAUGGUUCUCCUUAUCACAGUGCCUAACAUGGCUAUUCCAAUAAAAAACAUUGAAGAACGACCUGGUGCAGGAUGCAUCGAUUUAAAAACAAAAUUUGGAAGAGACUGGCACGUGUUUACUAAUUUCAUAUGCACAGCAAUAUUCCUGAAUUUUUCAGCUGUGAUACUCAUUUCCAAUUUUCUUGUUGUUAGACAACUCUACCGAAACAAAUACAGUGAGAGUUACGCAAAUGUGAAGAAAAGUCUCAUCAACAUACUGCUCGUAACUGCAGGCUACCUGCUGUGUUUUGUUCCAUACCACAUUGUUCGUAUCCCCUAUACUUUGAGCCAAACCGAUACCAUAACCAGCUGCUCUCUGAAACAAGCUCUCUUUAAAGCUAAAGAAACUACCUUGCUAUUUGCGGUAUCAAACCUCUGUUUUGACCCUAUUCUGUAUUACCAUCUUUCCAAAUCAUUCAGACUGAAAUUUACUGAGACUUUUGCAGCACCCAAAGAGGCAAAGGUUUUCAUAGACAAAGAGGCACAACACGGAAGUGAACAGGAGAUGCAAAAGUACUGA